ACAAGUCAGCACAUAUGAAAUAUGACCAUACUCUUGACGGAAAGGCAACCAUCUUGACCUGAAAACUUGGUUGUUUCUUGACUUUUACGAGACACACACAGAGAGAGAAAGUGUUUUGGUUAGAAUCGGAUGCGUUUCAGACAACCCCACUUGAAACGAAUGAAUACAUAUAUUUGGAAAGCUGAGGAGUUGUUGUAGUUUUCAGAAGUGGGUUCAGUUGAGAAACUUCAAACUUCCCUCCAUCCUCUCUCUCUCUCUCUUUCUCUCUCUACACAAAGUAUAGCCUUCGGCGCACAUGCUUGGGUGCUUUCGUUUGAAACUUACAAUGGAGAUUUGAUAUGUAAGGAGGAAAUUUGAAAUUCACAGAGGUGUUUCUGUUGAUGUUUCUUGACUUGGGUUUUUGGUUUUCAAGUUAUAGAGCCUCCAGAAACACAUCAUUUGGAAGAGUCUAAGCUUCUAGAGUUGUGAACUCUUAAAUUUCUAUACAACCCUGUUUGAGUUUAUAUCAGAGUUUCCAGUCAGAUUAAGUUUUAGGAAAAUUCAAACUGAUGUAUCAAAGCAAAGAUUGAAGAUAUAUUAAAAGCUGUACCUAAAGGCAGCCAUUGAAAGCAUUUAUUGCACAAAGUUUUCUCUCUGAAGUUUCUGGUAGAAAUGGGAUGCCCAAAUGCCACAAGACUGCUUCUGCCCUCAUUGUUUGCGCUGCUGAUUUUAGCCUUAACCUUCACAGAAACUACCGGGCAAUUCGAUUCAGCUAGUGCUUCUCUACCAGAUACAAAUUCAAUCAAUGUGUCACGACCCGUGAGACAAUCAGAUGAUACUGUGAGGGUGGAUCCAUUGGACAAUUUCAACAAGUAUAGAGGAGGAUUUGACAUCACUAACAAGCAUUAUUGGAGUUCAGUUAUAUUUACGGGGGUUCCUGGGUAUGCAGUUGGACUCCUAUGGCUUUUGUUUGGAAUUUUAUAUGGAGGCUAUCUCGCGGCAACUGCUUACUGUUGUAAAAGAAAGGGAAAGCCUAAGACAAAAUCACUCUGUCACAACCAAUUUUGCUUAUGGCCUAUUCUCCUAGCUGUAAUCUUCACAAUCCUGGCAAUUGCUGCAUCUGGUUUAGCUCUUGGGGGGACUGCUAAAUUCCAUUCUGAAGCGAAGACUGUGGUGAACAUUAUUAUGCGCACAGCAAAUGAAGCAUCAGAAACAAUAUACAACACUACAGGGGCAAUGAAAGAAAUGAGAGAUAACUUGGGAGAAACUAAUGGAACUGGAGAGGCAACUAGCUUUCUUACCUCCACAUCUGAGAAACUGGAUGUUGAAGCAGCAGAUAUAGAAAGACAGGCUAGAAAAAACAGACGAUUGAUUGACAGGGGUCUCAAGAUAGUGUUUAUAAUAACCAUUGUGACUAUCUCCUUGAACCUGGUAGCAGUUAUUGCUUUGUCAGUGACUGGAAUUUUGAGAGUACGACGAGCACUUUACUGGCUAAUUGCAAUAUGUUGGUUCUUUACAAUUCUAUGCUGGUUGUUCUUCGGGAUUUAUUUCUUCUUGGAAAAGUUCUCAGGUGAUACAUGUACAGCUCUAGAAAACUUCAAAGAAAAUCCCUACAACAACAGCUUGAGUUCAAUCCUCCCUUGUGAUGAAUUGCUCUCUGCAAAACCAGUCUUAUUUGAUGUUAGCGCUGGAAUCUACGACCUUGUUAACGAGGUGAAUUCAAACAUAUCACUCCUGCAGGCAACAACAUAUCCCAAUCUUGCUUAUGUUUGCAAUCCUUUCUCUGCGCCACCUGAAUAUACAUACCGGCCAGAUGACUGUCCUGCUAAUACGAUUAGGAUUGGCGACAUACCAAAGAUAUUGUCCGUAUUUACUUGUUCUGAUGCCAAUAAUGGGACCUGCAAAGAGGGAGAAUUCAUAUCCACUAGUCAGUACAAAACAGUGGAGGCUUACACAAGUUCAAUCCAAAACCUACUAAAUGCUUAUCCUGGCAUGGAAAGUCUAGUAGAAUGCCAGUCAGUGAGUGACGCAUUUUCUGAGAUCCUUCGCGAACACUGCAAACCAUUGAAGAGAUCCGUGCGAAUGGCAUGGGCUGCAAUGGUGUUUCUCUCAAUCAUCAUGGUAUUUUUGGUUCUGAUAUGGACAGCAGAAGCUCAUCACGAGCAACAACUUCAUUCUUUGGACGGUUCUGUGAAACCUCAAUCUGCAACAACAAAUUCAUUGGAAUCCCAAGCAAAUAAUGAAGUGAUCAAAGAUCACUCGAACUCGAAUUCAGUCUAGAAAUUGCAAAUUUCGAUAUUGUUUAUUUUGGAAGACAAUGCGCAAGCAGCUUCCAGGAACGCCGGCUAAAGCAUCAACAAUACUAGUUUGUACAGGUAGAGAUACAAGAUCGCAAUAAGGAUAGAGAUGGAUUAUCUAGAUAGGAAAAAUAGAACACGGGCCAUUUUUUUGUCUCCAUAGGAAGGAAAAAGAUUGAAGUUUAGUUUGCAUUUUCUACUACCCUAGCGUUACAGAUUUUGCUUCUGUAAUCUAAUGUAGUGUCCAAUACGGGGAUUAACCCCAUAAUAUGGUGUAAUACUCUAAUUGUUUAGCAAUAAAAAACAAUUCCUUCAUCUAGA